AUGGCCUUUGACCGAGAUGUCCGUUAUGAGACCGGCUGGCCCGUCUGGUCACCGUACGGUUACCGGGCCGGUGAGUAUGCGGGUGUGGCGCUGCGGUCGCAUCACUUGAUGCCCUGCUUUUACAGCCCGGUGGUUCAAAAGCCAAGUCCAAAAGAGGGCCGGAAGUUCUUGCUGGACAGGUCUGUAUUUGAUUUGGUGGAUGAUCACGAGUUCCUUUCCUUAACUGACCCGAAGCUGCUGGGUUGGUUUCUCAGUUUGUCUCCAGAGGACAGAAAGAUCAUACUAGAUGAUGGCGGGUUUCAACAGUUCCUGCUGAGACAUCCCUCCCUAGCGCUGUCCCCGCAUCAUGUCUAUGUGAAGCACAUGGCCAACGCUCAUCUGGACUCGGAGAGACGUCUCAGUAACGUGAGGGAGACUUUAAACCCGCUCGGCUGUAGCAACAUCUGGGAUGAACCACGACAACAUCCGACCGCCUUCAGCAGCUCCAUCACGCCGGCUCCGAACCAGCUGAAGGCUUCAUCCCAUCUGAAUGAACAAAGGCCACCGUGGCCGGCGUCCAGUAGCGGCGGCGGCGACGCCGUGUGGAAGGAUUCGUCAGCGCUGACGAGCUUCUCUCUGGACGUGGACCUGGAACGACACCGACUGGGGGGGCAGCCCGAGUUCAGGAGCCAGACGGCAAUGACGCAAUGGCCGAGUGCCGACUGCACGUACGCUGACGUCAGUCUGUUACAGUCGGACUGCCCAACAGGUGAGAGGGACUCGUCUCCUGAGUACUACAGCUUUGACAGUAUCAAAAUGGAUGGUACAGAAUACAGCUCAGUUCUUGAACCAGUGGAGGAGAACCGAACAGAGGAAGGGCUCCGGGACCACCUGGUCUCUGGUCACGAGCAACCUGAAGGGGAGGAUGAAGCCGGCUUGAGCUUUGGAGGUCAGAGUGACGUCUCCCCUAGCAACACACAGCGCGAUAAGGGCGUCUUGUUCUGCCUGACCAACAAAGACGUCCACUCGGGUGCAGUCUGCACUGAUGGAGGUCUCACUGUGGGCGGCCAGUGCUCCACUAAGUCUGCAGAGAAGGGCACCGCCCCAUUGCCCCGCCUGGCUACCUGCGACGUUAUGGUUGGCAGCGACGCGGCUCUGUGCACGUCAGCCGUCACCCAAACUGAGGGUCCACAAACGGCCGACAAGAACGUCAUCACUGAAGUCCACAUGUCCGAUCUAGACUAUCUCGCUAAGGAAUUUACCAAACUCAGCAUGGUUCAAGAGAAACUACGAGGGCAGAAAGAGGAAAUUAAAAGUUCCACUUCUAAAUUGAGAAAGGAAUGUGACUGUCUCCAGCGUGCUCAGCGAGCGGAGCUGAGCCUCCUGGUGCUGCAGUACAGCAUGUGCAGACAGUACUGCUGGAAGCUCCACUGCACCUCGUCUGAGGGAGGCCGGCUCACCUCGACGCCAGAGAACCCGUUUUCAAACAUUGAAAGUGUUCUGCAAAAACUGGAAUCUGACUAUAAUCUGAUGAGCGAUGAGAUCCGAGCAGGGGUUCCUCUGGAGCAACUCGAGCCUCUGUCGGUUGAACCUGAGAAGAUAACCACGCGUCCAAGUUACAGCCCUGCAAAAAUCAUAAGUGAUGUGCUGGGAAACGUUCCGUCUCGGAGCUCCCAGGAGCCACCGAAGCAUAAAACAUCCGGAGAAGAAAAUGACUGUCCCAAUGAUCAAAGCUCAAAUGGCUCCCAGGAAAAUGAAAAACGGAUAAAGAUGGAGAACGGCCGAGCAGGAAGAGCUGUCCCUCUUGUCCCCCAGGACGGAGAUGCUCCCCAUGAUGCACACAAGCCAGGAGAAAAGCGGACAACGGCCUCACCGGAGCUCAGCGCGUGUGAGGCGUGGUACGACGCUGAAGAAGACCUGCACCGUGCGGGACGGGGACCCACAGGGGCCGUCAAAGAUGAGACGGGUGAAUCGACCAGCGAGGAGGUCCAGAGCUCAGUGCUGUGCGUGUCCAGUCUGCCCAGCGGCGUCACGGAGAGUGACGUGACGCUGUGGUUUGAGAAACACCGUUCCUCUGAAGUCAGCAUCUCUGCUUUAAAGAACGGUUUGAGAGUCGCCAUGGUGACGGUAAGCGGACCCGAAUGUGCCGAGGCUGCAGUGAGGGAGCUGCACGGCCGCUGCAUGCAGGGCCGUACUUUACAGGUGGCGCACAUCAACAGAGGGAGCCAGAGACGGGCCUCGAAGGACCCCACCCAACCACCUUCCAUGACUGACGGAAAGCCGGUGACUCAACCACUGCUUGGCUCCAGCGUCAAGAACAGGAUGGUGGUCAGCAUCUCCCCCACGGCAAAGGGAACCUGCGUGCCGCAGCACUACGGCACCAUGGGCAGCUUCGACACCCUGAUGGCCGAGCUGACGCAGCGCCACCCCGCCGUCGGCCGGCAGAGGAUGGUGGACGCCCUGAUGGCGCUGAGGGCCGAGCACGGGGGCGUCCUCAGCGGGCUGCCUCUCAGAACCAUCAGGGAGAUGACCUCCGAGCUUCUGACCAGGCCAGCGACCGCCACGAAGUUAUGA